AUGGCUUACGAGCCACGCGGUGAACAUGGGGGAGGUGGCCAGGAUGGCACAUCCAUGAAGGCAAGAGGUCGAAGGCCCGUUACCGAUUACAGUUCUACUGUCACGCACUGGCUGCGGAAUAGAGUCCCCAACUACAAGGGCUCGUACAAUGGCGAGGCGGAACGGCCAAGCGCAAGCUAUAUCGUCGACAUGCUGCCACCUGCUGCGCGACCAACAAAUGCCGCAGACACAAUUCCAAUCAAACAUCUUCAUUCUUCACUAAACAAAAUCAAGCAUCCCAUUAACGUGGUCCGAUGGACCCCAGAGGGCCGCAGGUUAUUAACAGCCUCGACAAGCGGCGAGUUUACGCUCUGGAACGGUACGGGGUUCAACUUUGAAACGAUUAUGCAGGCUCACGAUUCAGCAAUUCGAGCACUGGAGUACUCCCAUAGCGACGACUGGCUGAUAUCUGGUGACCAUGACGGACUUAUUAAAUAUUGGCAGCCCAACUUCAACAAUGUUCAAAGUAUAAAUGCACACUCCGAUCCAAUUCGAGAUCUGGCAUUCAGCCCGAAUGAUUCUAAAUUCGUCAGCGCCUCUGACGAUUCAACGCUCAAGAUAUUCGACUUUGCACUGGGACAGAUGGAAUCGAAGUUGGAAGGACACGGUUGGGAUGCCAAAAGCGUUGAUUGGCACCCCACCAAGGGAUUGCUGGUGUCAGGAUCAAAGGAUCAUUUGGUUAAGCUGUGGGAUCCCAGGACCACUCGUUGUCUCACCACCCUCCACGGCCACAAGAGCACAAUCACCAAAGUCAUGUUUGAACGCGUGCGGGGAGCUUGCCUGGCAACAUCAGCACGGGACCAAACGGCGCGUGUAUUUGACCUCAGGAUGAUGCGAGACAUUUGCCUCCUCAAGGGCCACGAAAAGGACAUCUCGACACUGACGUUUCACCCCGUGCAUGCCAACCUUCUCACCACGGGAGGCAUGGAUGGCGCUCUCUUCCACUACCUCCUCGAUUCGCCAAAUCCUCCUGCAGGUCAGCCCUUAACUGUGGCCCCCUAUGACAGCAUGGAUCCGUCCACCACACCGGCCCAGUCCGUCUGGCCGAUGCACAGAAUCCCAUUUGCGCACGACUACGCCGUGUGGUCAUUAGAUUGGCACCCGCUUGGACAUAUCCUCGCAUCUGGUUCCAAUGACCGUAUCACACGUUUCUGGACCCGAGCCCGCCCAGGGGAUGCCGACGUUUCUCAGGACAGAUACCACAUUGGCGAAGCGGCCGCUGAGGCACAAGGAACCUGGGAUCGUCGCGGAAACCGCCGCCAGAGACAGGAAGAAGAACAGCAAGAAAUGGAAGAUGAGAUGGACGCGCUCGUGGACCAAGACGCCACCAAACUCCCUGCGCCGGCUUCCCUCCCAGGCAUUCCUGGUCUCCCUCUGGGAGGCGGUUCGGCACUGCCCGGUCUCACAGCCGGCCUGCCACCUCCUCCCCCCAUCCCAGGCGUUGGAUCAAACGGCCCUCCACCACCGCCGUUCCCAUUGCCAGGACUCAACGGCGCUCCUCCACCACCUCUACCUGGCCUCGACCCCAAUCAUCCCCCAGACCCGGCACAACUCCUCGAAAUGAUGAAGAAGGCGGGCGUUCCCCUUCCACCGCCCGGUGCCUUGCCUCCAGGUCUCAUCCCACCGAUGGGGGCUAUCCCCCCGCCAGGAAACUUUCCCUUUCCUGUUCCGCCUCCGCCAAUGCACACGGAGGAGAAUGACACGAGACGACGGGCGCCGUUACCGAGUCAGGAGGAGAGUUUACGCCAGGAGCAGCGACAGGGGAAGUACACUAGGGCACGAUAG